AUACAAAAAUAUCGAAAUUUACCAAACCUCCUUUUUCUGAGUGGAAAUGGAUGAAGUUGUAAUAAUUAACUCUUAGAUAAUCAAUUGAUCAAGAAUAAUUAUCAGUAGAGUGGACCUCCUGAUAAUCUAAAUAUCGUAAUUUAUAAAAGAAUCACUCCUACCAUGUCUUCCGAAUCACCAAUUGUUUAUCAAUUGGGUCAUUUACCCAUUAAAGAUCAUGUCUUUUCACCAGAUCGUGGAUUAUUAGCCAUUACUAAAGAUAAUGAAGUUGAAGUUUAUCAAGUUUCAAGUAAUUUAUCAGUUAGACCUAAAUUAUUCACUACUUUGAAAGGCCAUGAUAAAACUGUUACUUCAGUUGAUAUUUCUCCUGAUGGCACUAGAAUUUUAACUUGUUCUCAAGAUAGAAAUGCCUUAGUUUGGGAAUUUGAUGGUCAAGAUUAUAAACCAACUUUAGUAUUAUUAAGAAUCAAUCGUGCUGCUACUGUUUGUAAAUGGUCACCAAAUGGUCAAAAAUUCGCUGUUGGUUCAUCUGAUCGUGUUAUUGCCAUUUGUUAUUAUGAAGCUGAAAAUGAUUGGUGGGUUUCUAAACAUUUAAAGAAACCAUUAAAAUCAACUAUUACUAGUUUAUCAUGGCAUCCAAAUAAUGUAUUGAUUGCCAGUGGUUCCACUGAUGGUCAUGUUAGAGUGUUUAGUUCUUUCAUUAAAGGAAUUGAUGAAAAACCAGAACCAACAGUUUGGGGAUCAAAAUUACCAUUUCAAACUUUAUGUGGAGAUUUCAUUAAUGAAACUGGUGCAUGGAUUCAUGAUGUUUCUUUCAGUCCUGAUGGAGAUAGUCUUGGAUUUGUAAGUCAUGAUUCAACUAUUGGGAUUAUUUAUCCUGAAGGUGAAGGAUUACCACCAAAAUCAAUCAUUAAUGUUAAGACUGAAUAUUUACCAUUUAAAUCAUUUGUGUUUUUAACUAAUAAUAAAUUAGUAGUUGGAGGUCAUAAUUGUAAUCUUAUUGUAUUUGAAGGUGAUGAAAGUGAUUGGAAGGAAUCAUUCAAGGUUGAAAGUCAAAAGGAUUUAAUUAAUGAUGUUCCAGUUCAUGGUAAUGGUGAUGAAGAUGAUGAAGAAAUCUCAUCCCAUCAAGCUUUAAAUAUGUUUAAACAAAUGGAUUUAAAAGGUAGAGUUAAUAAACCUACCAAUGGUGCUGGUGGUUCCAAAGCUUUAACUACUAUUCAUCAAAAUACCAUUGCAAGUAUUAAGUUAUUUUCCGCUAAUAAGGUUAGUACAUCUGGUAUUGAUGGUAAAGUUGUUAUUUUCACAGUUUAGAGAAACAUAUAUAAAAUGUAAACUACAAUUAUUAUAAAU